AUGGAGACAAAGCGGGUGUGCGUUGUGGGUGCGGGAAUCAGCGGUCUGGUGACCUGCAAGUACUUACUCCAUAAAGGCUUCCGGCCAGUGGUCUACGAGACCGGCCGGUCCAUCGGCGGUGUAUGGGCCAGCACGCUCGGUUCGACCCGGCUGCAGACCUCGACCCAGAGUUACCGGUUCACCGACUUCCCGUGGCCGGAAUCCGUCGCCGGAGCGCCGAACCACGAGCAGGUGAUGGAGUAUUUGGAAGCUUAUGCUCGUCGGUUUGAUCUUAUGAGGCACGUGCGGUUAGGGGAGAAGGUUGUGGGUUUGGACUAUGUUGGAUCGAAUCGGGAGCAGAUGGCGGUCUGGGAUUUGUGGGGAGGAACCGGUGGCGCUUUCGCCGAAGCUGGAUGUGGAGCUUGGAAGGUGACGGUGGAGAAGGAAGAUGGGGUUGUUGUGGAGCAUGUCAUGGACUUUGUUGUCCUCUGCUUAGGAAGGUUUAGUGGCCUCCCAAAUAUCCCUAACUUCCCUAAGAAUAAAGGCCCUGAGGUCUUCAAUGGCAAGGUGAUCCACUCCAUGGACUUAGCCAACAUGGGAAGCACUGCUGCUGCCAAGUUUGUUAAUGGAAAACGUAUCGUUAUAGUUGGUUUCCUCAAAUCUGCUCUUGAUGUCGCUGCAGAAUGCGCUAACAUUAAUGGUGCGGAGCUUCCUUGUACAAUGAUUUUUCGAACAAAACGAUGGAACGUACUAGAUUUCUCAGCUUGGGGUGUCCCUUUCAGUUACAUUUAUUUCACUCGCUUCGCGGAACUACUCUUUCACAAGCCCGGAGAAGGAAUCAUACUAAGCAUUUUGGCAACUAUGCUUUCUCCUUUACGAUGGGUUAUAUCUAAGUUUGUUGAGAGCUACAUCAAAAAAACCACUCCCAUAGAGAAGUAUGGAAUGGUUCCAGACCAUAGCUUCUUUGAAGCAAUGAGCACCACAUUAUUUAGUACAUUGCCGGAAAAUUUUUAUGAGAGGGUGAAAAAUGAUAGCAUUAUUCUAAAACAUACAAAAAGCUUUGAGUUUUGUCAAGAUGGUGUAAUAUUGGAAGGUGAAUCUACACCUAUAAAGGCUGAUUUAGUUAUCUUUGCUACGGGCUUCAAGGGUGAUCAAAAGCUUCAAAAUAUUUUCCACUCUCCCUCGCUUCAAGAGAUUGUGAUUGGCUCCUCGGAAAAUACUGUUCCACUUUAUAGAGAAUGUAUACACCCAAGAAUUCCGCAAAUGGCCGUAAUCGGAUACUCAGAGAGCUUAUCAAACUUAUAUACAUCCGAGAUUAGAGCGAUGUGGCUAGCAUCUUUUCUUGACGGUGGAUUUCGUCUCCCGAGCAUAAAAUUAAUGGAGGAAGACGUGAAAAAAUGGGAUAAAUACAUGAAGGAAUAUAGUCACGAGCAUUAUAGAAGAUCAAGUAUAGGAACCAUACAUAUAUGGUAUAAUGAUCAACUUUGUAAGGAUAUGGGUUGUAAUCCAAAGAGAAAAAAAUGGUUUUUGUCUGAAUUGUUCGUGCCUUAUGGACCUAAUGAUUAUGUUGGACUCGACUCGAAAGUUGAGUGA